AUGCAUGCGCAAGUGCUCGCAUUAUUAUUGCUCGUUUUAAUCAAAUCUAGUGAAAUAUCUACUGAAAAAGUAGUACCAUCACUAUCAUUGUCUGCAUUGGUGGUAUCCUCAGAUACAGGAUCAAUAUUAGCUGAUUUAACCGAAACACCCUCACCCACAUCAUCUACAUCAACAACAUCAAUAACAUCAACAACAUCAACUACAUCAACUACAUCAACAACAACAACAUCAAAUACAACAAUAACAACAAUAACAACAACGAUAACAACAACGACAACAACAAAAGCAACAGCAGCAUCAACAAUAGCUGCAUCAAUAUUCGUAACCAUUAUCAGUUUGGUAUUUAUGAUUUUUUUCAUUCCAGUGGUUUAA